UCGCACUCACACUUUCCUCAUAAAAUCCUCAACCAACCCACAUAGCCUCUCUCUAUCUCUCUCUCUAAACCAGAAACAUGGAUGUUUCAGCGAGAAAACCUUGUUUCAUCGAAGAAGAUGAUGAUCUGGCUUCUUCCUUAUCGGAGAUGGAAGCUGGGUUUUCUGGUGGAAACACACAAAGCGGUGUCGUUUCACGUCCUCUUUCUUACUCUAGUCUCAGGAACACGAACUUUUGUCACAAUAAUACCUACACUCAUGGUUAUUAUUACCAUCAAUACUCUGUUUCCUCUCCGAGAUCUGUCGUUUCCCGACGAUUCCAUGAUUUCAGAUUAGACAAUCAACAGCCUCAUUACUUGGAUUCGUGUUUCCUCUGUAAGAAGCCACUUCAUAACAGAGAUAUCUACAUGUACAGAGGAGACACACCGUUUUGUAGUGAAGAGUGUAGACAAGAACAGAUAGAGAGAGAUGAAGAAGAAGAGAAGAAAAAGAAUCUGUCUUAUUCAGUGAAAUCAGCAAUGAGGAGAAAAGAACAAAGAAGCUCUUCUUCUUCUCCGACUAGAUCUGGUGGCUAUGCUGCUAUUAUUCACAACGGUCCUGUUGCUGCUGCUUGAAGUUCCGAAUCUGAUGAUGAGUUUGGGAACUAUAAUAAAUAUAAAUAAUUAGGUUGAAGAAACAAAAGAAGUGAGAAUGUGUCUUAACGUUGUUUGGAAGCUGGUCUUUGGAUCUUCUUUUGAUCUUUUUUUUAAAUCUAAAAGAUCAGUUCACUUUUGCUUGAAGUUUUCAGGGAAAGGAGAAAGCUAAAGAUCCUUUUAAGUUUUAACUCCUUUUUUCUUUCUUUUUUAACCUAAGAAAUGUGUUGGGAGCAUGAGAAGAGAGAAAUUGUAAAUGCCUGUAUGAAUGAAUUAACGUCCAUGGCAUGCCUUGAUUAAAUUUUCUUGUUUCUUUUGUAAGAAAAGAAAAAAAUACAUGUAAUAUAAAGUACAUGUUCAACCUUGAGAGUAUAUACAAGAAAGCUAUGACAAC